AUGGCCGGGGCUUGGCCGCAGGGAACGGCGCCGUGGGCGUCGUCGUAUACGCUCGGCGCGCCGCGCCAGGCACAUAGCACGGGCACCUAUGCACUCCCUGCGUCUGUCGAGGACGUGCGGCCUGCCACAAUUCCCGAUAUCCUCGAGCGGCCGCGCGACAAGACACGCGCCAGCGAAGUGAGCACCAGCGCGCUCCAGUUCCUCUUUGCCGAGAUGGUCGCCUACGCACAGCUGCACGUCUCGGGAAUCGCCGAGUUUGAGCGGCUGCUGAGCACGAUGGGCAUGCGGGUGGGCCAGCGCGCGCUGAUCCUCCUCGCGCACCGCCGCGAGACGAGCACGAACCCCAAAAAGCCGCGGCGCGAGACGCGCCUCUUGCCCACGCUACUCUGGGUGCACUCGACGCUGUGGAAGGCGGUUUUUGGCAUGCAGGCUGAUAACCUUGAGCGCAGCACGGAAGAGGGGCGCAGCGACGAAUACAUGAUCUCGACCAACGACCCCCUCUUUUCGCGCGGCAUCUCGAUUCCCAAAGAGAUGACGCAGCUGAGUGUCGAGGCGUUUGCGGCCGGCAUUGUCGAGGGCGCCCUCGAAGGGCUUGGAUUCCCCGCACGCGUCACGGCGCACGGCGUGCCGACGCCCCAGCAUCCACACCGUACAACGAUCCUCAUCAAGCUCGAAAAGAGCGUGAUGGAGCGCGAGGCGACGAUGGGUGGACCGUAG